GACGAGUUGCAUAAAUGCCAGCAACACUGUAAAAAGCUCUGGAGUGUUCAAGCAACACUGUGCAGCGCCGCCAUCGUGCAUGAAAACACUACACAAAACGCAGUGCACAUGCGAAUGCGAUAGGGAUAGACAAGUUUUAUCUUGACGUGAACAAUCGUCUGCGCAGCAUUUUGUGUUCCGUGUUUGUGCAAUCACUCCCAACGAUGUCGCACCAUUCAGGGAAGGUAAUUUUCCCCAUCACUGGAUGGAAGAACGACCUCGCCGUCUUACCUCCGCUGUCAGAUCGCAGCGUACAUGAAUUUUAUGCAGGACGAUCGGGAACGAAACGAAGCUACGAACGAAGCUACAACUUUCACGUGGAAUCGUACGUCAACGUAUGUGCCCUGAAGACCAAUGUCACCCAAAGCAGGUAAAUAUUUGUGCAACUGUAUCGCAUGUAAACGGGCGAUAGUCGCAACCGUUGAACUUCUGUGAUAAAAGCGCUUUGUUGUUGUGUGAAUGUUAAGAAAUCAUCAUGACUUUAUUUAAGCUUAGGUUUAAGAAAACAAAUUAUAGAUGAGCUGGUGAUAUAGUUGAUUCUCUUGUCUGAAGUCAUGGAUGGAGGAGCUUAGCAUUCUUUAUUUAUUUCCAGCGCCGGGCUCACCUUUUUGAAGGCGCCAUGCUACCGAAGCAAAAAAAAAGAACGCGCCACCGUAUUCCGUGAUGAUAGCAUUGGACACGACACGCAUCAUCGAUGGAAGCUGCGACUGCCCGGCAGGAAAGCUCGCCUGCAACCACAUGAUCGCUGUUUUGAGGACUGUCAUGCUCCUACAGUCAAAGGGUUUCUCCGAGGCGCCGGACCAGCUCUCGUGCACGGAUUUACCUCAGCAAUGGAGGAUUCCCCGCAGAAGCGCGAUCAGAGGAUGCCCGCUUCAAUCCGUGGACUGGCGCAAAGUGAAAGAAGGCGGGACUAGUGCGCCAAAGUUUGCUUUGCCGAAGGAGCGCCGUGUACGCCGUAGAAAUCGGCAGGAGCAAGAAGAGGCGAAGCAAAAGUUUGCUCAAGAGCUGCUUUCGUUUGACCCCGAUAAUGACUUCGCGAAAGCGCUCCUCCUAACCGACGAAGGCGAGACCGUGCAGUCCAGGUUCGGGCUGGUGUCCUCAUUGGCGCCACAGAGCUACCAGCAGUCCCUGCUGCCACACGGUUUCACCGUUUUUCUUUCUGGCUUACAACCAGCAAACGAAGAAGAUCCUUGGGAAAGCAUCCCGACUCUGACUUUCUUCGAAAGCAGCACAGCCUGGAAUCCUCCAGCACACCUUGGGACAAACAGUGUUGUGCAGGAGAUAUGUAUGACACCAGUGGCAGCUGAAGCACUUGAAAAGGACAGCCGCCAGCAGGCAAAAAGUGCAACAUGGCAUCAGGAACGCCGGCUUCGUGUCACCUCCUCCAACUUUGGUGUGGUCCUGAAUAGGAAGGAGUGGACAGUAAAGGGCCUGCAAAACCUCACAGCUGCCAGAGACCUUUCUAGAGUUGCUGCAGUCAAUUACGGCAUCAAGAUGGAACCGCUAGCUGCUCAACGCUACGAGGAUGCUCUACGCCGUCUGGGCCACGCUCCUACAGUUAGUACCUGUGGAUUGCUGGUUAACCCAGCCUUUCCUUGGUUGGGUGCGUCGCCCGACAGGAUUGUGUACGACCCCACAGAACAAUCCUAUGGUGUAGUAGAGAUCAAGUGUCCCUACUCUCUACGUGACCACAAGGCGUCUGCCCUUCUAAACACUGAUUUCUGUUGCAUAAUCAGGGAUGGUGUACCAGAGCUUAAGAGGGACCACCAGUAUUAUCAUCAACUGCUUGGGCAGAUGGGUGUAUCACAGUUGCGCUGGGGUGACUUUGUGGUAUAUGGAGGAGAUUUUCUUUUGAUCGAACGAAUAAGAUUUAAUGAGAAUGAAUGGAAAAGUGCCAGAGAGGUGCUCGACAACUUUUACAUGGACACACUGCUGCCAUAUCUGUCAAGCACUGUAAUCUGAUACAGUAAACAACGCAAGAAUGGCAUGUCAAAAAGACAAGUAGGGCUGCAAACAUUUUAUUGCACAGAAGAUGGCAGCAUCACGAGGUAGUGAGGAUUGACAACAUAUGACUAGAAAAUAAGGCGUCUUUAAGGAACACUGUGGACAGAUCAGUUUGUAUCUUCUUUCAGAAGUGAUGGCUGGAAGUUUGUCAGGAAGGCACACACGGCCCACAUCUGAUUCGCUAAGGGUACAAGGGAGAUUGGAAUCGAGCGGUCAAAAAUGUGAUAUCCCUUGAUUUUCUUGAUCUUCCUUUCCACAUGUAUCCUGAUUGCUGCGAUUUCCUGAGUCUCCUCCACUUCUGUGGGAGUAAAUUGCCCAUGCAUGAGGAAGGGUGGAAUGUUCAGCAUUACUUUCUUGCUUUGCAGCAGGUCUUUUAUUUUAAAUCCCUUGUCAGCCAUGGCUGAGUCACCUGUGUCAAACUUCAGGUCUAAAAAUCCACUCUUCUCCACACACUCUCUGUCAGACGUACACCCAGUAAAUAGUUCCGAAACAAAAGUAAGUACUCCAUGAGGGGAGAUGCCUACGAGGGCUUUGAACGUAUGGGUAGACUUGUAUGAGGAAUAGACUUGUGAUUGCGUCACAAAAGAUGUUGGCACAUCACAUCUAAUCUCAGUGGCAUCCAAGAUGACACGUGUUGAUGGAUAUUUCUCCUUGAAAGCAGAUGGCAUGGCAGCAUCAAUAGCUUGUCGUGAUAUCCAUGUUGUCGUUUCUGUUACUUGCAAAUAGAUAUAGUCGAGCACUGCAGAAAAAAUUCUUGACACCGUGCUGAUAGAGACGUUGAACAAGUGGCCGAUGUGUCUGUGAAAUAAGCCAACUCGAAGUUUAACAAGCACAAGAAAGAGUUGGUUCUCUACACCAAUCUUGUGUCGCCGACCUCUAUAUUCAACAUUUCGUAGCCCACUCCUCGUACGCUUGCGUGCAAUGUUUUCACCAUUUUCUCCAAAGUCGAGGAGAUGCAUGAGAGCACAGAAGUGCUUGUAGCUGGGCAGUCCAGUGUAAAACUCAAUGUCAUCAGUGUUGUCCUUGAAUCUUUCAAUUCCAAAUGGAGGCAAUUCUUCCAGCUUCUCAAUAUUUUUCUGUGCAGUGACAAGCUCCGUACGAAGCAGCUUUAAUUCAUUAUUUUGCGCCUUCAUUUGCAGCUUCAGGCGCUGAUUUUCUGCUUCAGUUGCUUUGCUUGCAACGAGUUUAUUUUGUAGGAGAGCAAUAGUUUCUCCUAAAGAACUUACUUGCAGCUUCAGGUGUUUAUUUUCAGCCUGUGUAUCUGCUUCGCUUGCUUUGCUUGCAGCCAGCUCCUGCUCUAGGGCAGAAAUAUUUUCUCUGCAUGCACAAAUACUUCCAGAGGCUGGUUCUUCUGGUGACUGUUGCUGUUUGUCAGGAAGCAAAGUGGAGCCCGUAUCUUCAACAUUGACAUCAGUGCCUUCACUAUUUUUGUUGCAUCUAUCUGCUGAGUUUUCCUUGUCAUCUGCUCGGUUAUCGUUACGGGUGUCUACCUUUUGUCCUGUAGUGGGAAGCCCUUGAGCCUUACCAUUACACUUCCUUUUAGAUGAUGCAACUUUCUGAAGUGGUGCCCGUUGAGCGGGUGGUUUCCUCGGCGGCUUUGGCUGCUUGAAUAAAAAUGUGGAUGGCACAGCAGACUGGUGUAAGUGUCGGUAACCAUUAGCAACGUUAGCAACAAAGUCACUCUCAAGAAAGUGGAGAGAGCAGACCCUGGUGGCCUUCGAAACUGUGAAGAGUGGGCCUUCGUCUCGCCUGAUGGCUGCAAUCCACUUUUUGUAUAUGUCCUGGUCUCUUGGGAAUCUGUGGUAUGACACCUGUGAAUAAAAGUCAAUAUUCAGAA